AGGAGAAAGAGGUACUCUCCAGUUUCCACGGCGCCAUAUUUAUUUCCCCUCCGAGCUCCCAAUUCCAGUUUGGUUAUCUUCCUUUGUGGAACAACACAGUUGUGAGUACUCUUGCCUCAUCUAGAUCCGGAGUUGGAGUCCAACUUUCUUUCGUAGAACAAACAGAGAGUACCAAUAAUGGAUCAGGAGGAGCCGAAGAUAAUCGUGAAAGUGAAGGGCCAGGCUGGGAGCUCUAUGCUGUUCAGAAUUAAUCCAGCUACCCAGCUGCGUAAAUUGAUGCUAUCGUACUGCGAUUGGAACGAGCUGGUUGUAGAUGAUGUUCGUUUCUUGUACAAUGGCCGCAAUUUACAUCACGACGACACCCCUAAGUUGGUAAAGAUGGAGGAAGGUGAUGUUAUAGAUGCAGUCCCAAUAAUUGAUCUGGAGGGGCCAAAGAAGAUAUGCGUCUUUGUGAAGAACUUUAACGGGAAGACUCACACGUACAAUAUUAAUCAAGCUGCCCCGUUGGAGAAGCUGUUGCAAGCAUUCUGUGAUUCGAUCGGGCUGCCAGUCGACGCUGUUCGUUUCAUUUUCGGGGGUCGCCAAUUGGAACGUGAUUAUACUCUUCAGCAGCAAAAUGUGGAGCAUCAUUGUACGGUACAUGCAGUCCUGCGCUUGCUAGGUUCUUAGCUGGGUGGUAGUAGGUACUUCCGAGCCCUUAGCUAUCUGCUAGUGAUCUGUCUGGGUGAAUUAGGACUGCAACGUACCAGCUGGUUUUGCAGGCGCUGCUGCGAUUUACAAGUUCAGCGUUUACCAGCAAAACUGAAGACUAAUCUACUAUCUUUAUUGUUCUAGGCGUUUGUUACGCACCAUUGGAUUUUGAGUUGAAAGGAUCCGAGUCCGAGGGUUAUGAUUAUGAAUCUUUUACGUAAGAUGAUAACGUACAAUAGGUUAAGUGUCUUACAAGUUACUGGUAAGCAAUAAGCGAAAGAUAACUAGAUCCUGAAUGACGAACUAUAUUAGGGGAGUAAUACGUUUGAUCCAUAAAGAAAU